CUGGAAGGCGUCACAGGACAGGAUGGCGGAGUUCAAUGGAGGAACGCCUCAAAUGCUCACUCUAUCUGUGACAUCGAGGCCGAUUGAUUUCAGCUAUAACAUCUACAACUUUGUUCAGGCUCGUCCUGACAUUGUCAGCUUCGAUAUCAGUCCAUGUUAUCAGACCGGAAACAGGAGAAAGUUUGACUUCACCAUUCCAGGUCAAUAUAAGGAUCUAGUGGAUCGAAACAACAAACUCUUCAAGUAUUCUGCUUUGCGGUCAUUGGUGGGAUUCUGUGCCGUUUCUCCUCUUAGAAUAUCGAGACUAAAGAUUGUCUAUGGAAAAGAUGUUCACAUUCGGUUUGAGUUACUAGACAGGGCGCCAAUAUCUGGCGACGUGUAUACUAACACAUCAGAGACGAAACUCGACUUAGCGGCGGCGUUUUUCAUCCAGACGGUUAACCUGCACAAAUUCGCCAUUAUGAUAGACUACGACAAAUACAGCACGACGCAGUACAUCCUGGCCACACCGAAUUCUAUCCGGGAAUUUCAGUACGAGAGCGAGCUAGAACAGUCGACUGGCUACUCCCCAGGCGCUCUCGGGGGCCUCACGACGGGAAUGGCGGUCGCCGGGGGAGGUAUCGGUGCUGUCAUGGCCUUCUUGUUUUUCAAAUAAACGUUCCUUGCUUAA